AUGCGCACGGAAUCUUCGCUCCCAGUCAAGAAGAAACCUGUGAAAGUCGAAUCCCUGACGCCCCGCAAUGUGGCGAACGCUCCAGCUCUCCUGAAAACAAGAUUGACGGUACUACAGAAGUUGCACGAGGAGAUGCGGACCCAGAACAGCAAGCUUGCUAGUUCGGACAGCAAUUCCAAAAAGCUCGUGUUAGACGAUCAGGAGUUGAUCAAGUUCGCCCUCGACGAAGAGGAAGCUGCGACGAAAUUGGGAGGUGAGAUUUACAAGAACACCAUGGCUCAAAAUAUUCUACGAACUAGAAAGAUGACCAUGGAGGAAUGGGUGAAGAGAGUCUCUCAAUGGACUGGAGCAACAUCGACGGUCAAAGCCCCAACGAAGCCAGUUGACAAAAGCGAUGAACUUCUGGCCAUUGGCUUGUCAUCUCUCCAUGAACAAGUUGCUGUUCUCAAGCAUCUCCACACUCCCCUCGAAGGCCUCGAGCAAUUCGGUUAUGUAACCAAACAACCCUCCAGUCCAGAACUUACCUCUGCGAAAGCGGGACUGGAGGCUGCUAGAGGCUUUGAAAGCUGCGAUCGGUGUGGGACGAGGUUUCAAGUGUUUCCCGGUCGAGAUGACACGGGUCGCUUGACCAGCCAGGGACGGUGCCGUUAUCACUGGGCUCGGCUGAAUCGUGCGGCUCCUUUGAAGAAAGAUAGAAUUCAAGGAACAUCAGAAGCAACCUACCCUUGCUGCAACAAACCACAAGGCAGUGAAGGCUGUUCUGAAGCUGACACACAUGUGUUCGUUGUCAAAGACCCCAAGCGUCUCGCGACAACCCUCCAGUUUGAACAAACCCCAGAAAAGUCUGAUCUACGGCUGAGACAGCCUGUUUCGUUCGAUUGCGAAAUGGGUUACACCACAUAUGGAAUGGAGGUCAUCCGAGUGACGGCUGUCUCAUGGCCUGACGGAAGACUACUUCUUGACGUCUUGGUUCGACCCUUCGGGGAGAUCCUCGAUCUGAACACCAGGUUCUCUGGAGUGACGAAAGAAGACUAUGCAGCUGCGCCGCCGUACGAAGCCGGUCUUUCUGAAAAGGCAUCGAAGACGCAUCUCGACAAACACCAGCUCCGUAAAGUGGACUCGCCAGCUACAGCCAGGAAAUUACUGUUCGACCACAUCAGCCGGGAAACGCCCCUGAUAGGCCACGCUAUUGAGAACGAUCUGAACGUGGUGAGGAUCAUACAUCCCUGCGUGGUUGAUACGGUCCUUUUGUAUCCUCACCCGCGAGGACUUCCGAUACGAUAUGGCCUGAAAAUGCUCAGCCAAAAGUACCUAUCGCGAGGUAUCCAGACUGCGGGCGAGGCUGGACAUGACUCCAAAGAGGAUGCGAUAGCUACGGGGGAUUUGGUGACGAAGAAAGUGGUCGAGAAGUGGAAGGUCAUGAGGUAUGAAGGCUGGACAUUCGUUGACGGGAUCCUCAUGGCACCAGAAGAGAUCAAGGCAGUGAAACACGUGCUCUAA